AUUCAAUGUACCACCGAUCACUACUAUUGCAUCAUUGAUUUAUGAUUUGUUUUAUAAUCACAAAUUAAUAUUCAGUUUCUUUAUUAUAACUUUCUUGCUUUGUCUGAUGAGGUGCCAUUAUGCCCUGCGGACUCUUUUGUUUUUACUCUAAUGGCGGGUUGACAGUAUCCUAAUAAUUUUUUUCUCUACAAGUUAGACCAUUUGAUACUUGAGGACUCAGAUUCCUCCACGUUCUGAUAGCGAUAGUCACCUAACCACAAUUGUUUAACACAGCUGAAGUUCAUCUCCUUGUCAGUUGUGGGUUUGCGGAACAGUUCCGGCUCAGUAAAGAUGAAUUCUACGAGUGAAACUCCCAUGGAAAAUGAUACAAUGGGCAGUCCCGACGUCAAGGUCGGGAUCAGUCUCGUCAACGCGUGCGAACUGAUCUUCGGAUCUUUGGGCAUCCUUGGCAACCUCAUCUGUGUGGUAGUUUUCAAGCGUCGCUCCAAGCACAACCAGACCAACUUCUUGAUAAUCAUGCAGGCUGCCGUUGACAGCAUCGCUUCUGCUUUGUUGAUUUCCCUGACGAUUACGAGUAUCGUCAGCCCGAAACCGCCCUCUAACCCCAUCACGGGCAGCAUCUACUGCAAAUUCUGGACGUCGUAUGUCCUUUUAUGGUCGUCCUUUGCCAUUUCUACAUUCAACUUGACCAUCAUCUCGAUUGAAAGAUACAUUGCAGUGGUUCAUCCUUUGUGGUACGCGAAGAUCUUUAAACGAUCCUCGGUGUUAUUCAUUGCCAUUUUUGCGUGGUUUACUGCACCAGGUAUCAACAUCGCUUACAACGUCAUUGUUAACCAUUUUCGAGACGGGGCCUGUAUAGAGAAUUUCGACAAAGCACAGAAGGCCAUCUCAAUUGUACUUUUCUUCUGGGAAUACUUUUUCCCAAUGUGCAUCAUGACAUUUUCUUUCGUGUGUAUCGCCCGCACCAUGUUAAAGAUGAACAAAGUCUCAGCCAUGAUGUCAGCCAACGCUACCAGCAACUCGAUGGCAUCUCAGACAGCUAUUCUGCCCUCCCACAAGUCCGAAGCCUCGUCAAGUAGUUGUGCUACGCAAAAGAAAGAAAUUCCUCAACGAUGUGCCUUGAGUUCCGCCAGGAUAAACCAGUCGGUCAUUGAAAGCGUUCCCGAAAAUCCCACGGAGAGUCAGAUAUCUGUUAUUUCUAACAAGGUGUUGAGACCCGGACCUGCUGGGUGUUCAUCGUUGGGGGCGUCCUGUAAUCAAGGUACCAAUCUUGAUAGAUUCGCGGAACUCCAGACUUCCAAACGAGCUAGUGCUAAAGUCCCGAGAUCCACCCGUCCUGCAGGAGCAUCAGUCCGACGGCUCAAGACUACCAAGGUUCUUUUCCUAGUCUCUUUGGGAUUCUUUGUCUGCUGGUCACCCAAUCAAAUCUACUUUCUUUUACUAAAUCUUGGGGUGAUCGAUUUCUCGCUGGUCCCCUACCGCAUCACCAUCGUCAUGUCAACAUGUAACACGUGCAUAAACCCAUUCAUCUAUGCACUUAGGAUGAAGACAUUCCGUAAUGAAUUCUUAUCAAUAUUUAAAUGUAGAAAUUAAAAAUAUGUGUACUCG